GAUUUUUCUGGAGACAGGACGGACACUGAAGCCUGCAACGUGGUGGUACGAAGCACUUUUCUGGAUGUGGACGAAGGUCAGGGUCUGAUGACAUGCUUCCGGCGCAUGCGCAAGGCCAAGACCGACUUUCUGAUCUUGUCCGAACCCUUGGUCUAUGAGCCCGGCAGAUACAGCGAGGAUACGCCCCAGAGCACCCCGGACGCCACUCAACAUGUGAGUCUUCCCUUAAGCCGUGAGGGCUCGGGUGUGGAUGAUGAUGAUGUGCAGGACUCUCAGGACUUGCCAGAGAUUAAGGACCAGACCACUGUGAUGUUGCGAAAUCUUCCCAAUAACUACACCCGCGACAUGCUUCUCACACUUCUGGACGACAAGGGUUUUGCCGGGCGCUUUGAUUUCGUCUAUUUGCCCAUGGACUUUUGCCGAGACGCCAACUUGGGCUACGCCUUUGUGAAUCUCUGCAAUACCAAGACCUUGCGCCAGAUGUGGCGCCGCUUCGAAGGCUUCUGCGACUGGGCCGUGCCUUCCUCCAAAGUCUGCGAGGUGAAGUUGAGUGGUCCGCAUCAAGGCUUUAUGGAGCACAUGGAGCGCUAUCGGAACAGUCCUGUGAUGCACCGAAGUGUACCUGACGCGUAUAAGCCAAUCAUCUUUCAGGACGGCGUGCGGAUCGCCUUUCCCCGUCCCACCAAGCGCAUCAAGCCCCCCCACGGCGGCAUGUUUUGGUGA